AUGGCCCAACGUGAGGUUAUAAGUCGCCAUGGCUUCCUCUUUCACGAAGCUUGUUGGUCUCUCCUUGAGAAGGCCGUUCGCCCUGGAAAGGUGCCCCGCAUCAGAUUAUUUGAUGUUUGCAACUCCCUCCCGUUCCCAUUGCACGGAGAUAGCAUCAGCUGGGGCCACGAUUACGGAGGGCGGAGCUUUAUAGACGCUGGACAUCACUUCCCGCCGGGCGAUCGCUUUGGGGACCGAGAGUACACCGAACCCGACCGUGUUUUCAGCUCGGAUCCCUAUGAUAUUCCAGAUGUUGAACGACUACUACGGAGGAACCACAAGCACCAUGGCCGAGUGAGUGUUUCAGCGCGCUUCCUGAAGAGCUUUUGCGCAGAGAUUGCCACAUACCUGCCGACAACGGACGUCUUGAAUGCUCGUCUUGCCUCCAGGGCGUUUUGGCCGACAUUCCACAGCCAGCAAUUCUGGGGCUCUAGAUUCAGGGGAGGUUUUGACCGUUCGUGGCUCUUUGAAGCGUGGGAUGGCGAACGAGCUCGAGACUGGCGAUGGCUAUACCAUCGAACGAAUGAUGCGCAUAUCGGUCCCGGCCUUCAAAACAGAAAACGGAUUUGGACCUUGAUCCUGAAGCUCCUGGACAUCCUAAGUCUCCGUUGGAAUCCGUUGCCCGAGUCAUCUUCACCAUGUCUGAUAGACUUUGAAAUAUCCCCGUGGUCGCAGGCGGGUGGUUGCCGCCUCCUCCAUAAGCAACGCGUAUCCGUCCCAGAUAAUCUGGCGCAGUUUUCGGCUUCAUCUGUUCGUGUUGGAGAUUUGGAGUACAUUGCCGGAAUAAAACUUACCACGGUUACCGGAGAAACCGUUCAGUUGGGGUACCAGGCCGUAAACGAACGUUCAUUAGCCCUCUCCGACGUAAGAGGGUUCAACUUGGCCAUAGGAUUACGGGGUAUCCAAGCCCUGCAGUGCAUAACUGGGGGAGCCAGCACAUCUCGCUGGCUUGGAUGUCUGGACGACUCGUCGAAAACGAAGCGUCUGGCUCUGUCCGACCGCGUUGCCGCACUGGAAGCAGGCUUUGAUGGGUGCAAAAUGGUGAGCCUGGCCGUUUGCCAGCGCAUGACGUCCUCGACACGGGCGCCGCAGGUCGAGGACAAGUUGAGAAACUUGGCAAUGUGGUAUCCUGACAUUCCGGGUUCGACUCUGUGCCUGAACGACAAUUCCUUUCUCCCUCGCGAUCACUAUGUUGACGGAUAUAAACCCCUGGUUUGGCAUCUGACCAGAAUUUCCGCCAGGUGCUGGGGCGUAAUACAUCGCAUCGACUUCUCCUACAACAAAGAAUCCCCUGUCGAACAUCAAACUUUUGGACGCCAUAAGCCUCGUUAUUGCGAAAACGUCAUCCAUUUUUCCAUUGAUGGGCCCGGAGGUGAGGUAAUCAACGCCAUCGAGGUUUAUCAAUAUAUCAUUCGUCGCAUUUUUUAA